UGUUUCUGUUGAUUUAAAUAAGAAAGGGAAUUUAUUGACUCAGGUAACUAGAGAGUCUAGGAGUGAGUUUCCCCUUUUGAGCAGAGUCAGUCAUGGAGUAGACAGACCUGGAUUUACUACCCAUAACCAAGGUUGCUUGGGAAAGUUAUUCGGCCUCUCAGUGCCUUAGUUUCCUCAUGUAUAAAACACAUCUUUACCUACCUCAGAGAGUUGAGAUAGUGAAAUGAGCUUAGUACAGUGCUGACAAUAAAUAUUAAAUCUCAGAGGGUGCCGUAAUCUGUGUUGUAAUCUCGAUAGCAGUUACUGCUAUGCCUGGCACAUGGAAGGGGUUGUAUACAUGCUUGUUAGUAGGUUUUGACGAGUAUGGAGGUUCUCUCUCUUCUUUACCACCAUUUCCUCACCCACCAGGAAAAAAGAAAUACAGCCCUUAAAUGUUGGCAAAGUCAGUGUGGCAAAGUAGAUGAUGUGCAUGAUUGGAUGAGUGGGUGGCAGGAAGGAUGGGGUGAUAAGGAUGUGGGAAAGUAGACAGGUGUGGUACAUGACCAAUGUAAGCAAAAGAAGCUACAAAGAAACCAGCAAGUGGCCCUUCUGUGUUCCACCCUCCAGCCAUCAAGUUCAGUACCACACAGCCACACAGUCCUUUGAUCCAGCUGGGGAUGAGAUGGGGGCCAGCCAGUCUAUGAGCUUUCCAGCUAUCUCGGGACCCCACCUGGUAGGCUGUGGGGAUGUGAUGGAGGGUCAGAAUCUCCAGGUAAGUGUCUCCAGCUCUGUCUCUACAUGGCUCCACUGUUUCUGCCUGUGCCCGGACUUAGUGACAACAGGUCUGAGUGUGCAGUUCCAGGUGGGGAAGCUGAGUUAGGACCCGGUCUGCAUUUCCUUAUCAGCCCCCUGGUCUGUCUUCCCUGACCUUUUUCUUCCUCUUUCCAAAUACUAGAACCUUCCCAAAUGACAGAGAUGUGUUCUUUCUCCAGCUAGGAGGAAAGGGGGGGGCUCUAGACCAUCUCGCCCAUCUUGAGGGCAGUUGCCUGAUCUGGAAAGGUUUUCAGUCUCAUGCUAAUGUGAGUGAAUGAGAGGAAGAGCAGGGCUAUGGGCCAUCGCCCUUCACUUGCAUACCUAGGUGGGAAGAUGGUCUCCUCUCCUGCUUCCCUCCAAACUUUCCUUCCACCAGUUUCUAGGUUUUUGUUCUGUUGGCCCUUGGACUCACCAUUCCCCUGUAAGAGGCAACCACCUCCUGGUGGCGUCUCACCUACUCCCCUGUAAAAUGACUAUGCUGCUGCUUUCUGAGAGCCAGCCCGGAGGAGUGGCCUGGGUCACUCACUGAUGCCACCCUAUUUAGCACAAGGGCAAAUCUUUAGCACCCCAGGCUCCUCCAAGCCUGGGCUCAGGGCCAGAUUUAAAUCUUUCAAUGUCCCAAGCACUCAGAAUAUUUUAGUGCCCUCCCAAGAUGUAAAUCAAAAUAUAGUUGGCUAUUUAAAAUAACAAAGGCCUUCCACAUAUGCUAAAAAUAUAAUUGCCUUUUUUCCUGGAUUUUCUAAAUGUAAAAUUUAGAUAUAUUGAAGAACCCUAAGUUUCUCUGUGUUGGUACUCUGCCUGGCUAGUGUUCCAAUCGCCUGUGUCUGCUGGAAACCUAGCAGUGCCUCAGCUUCUUGUGCUGAGUAGCUACUCUCUUCUUUCCUACAGGGAAGCUUCUUUCGACUCUUCUACCCCUGCCAAGAGACAGACAAGACCUUGGAGCAGCCCCUCUGGAUUCCUCGUUAUGAGUACUUCACUGGCCUGGCUGAUUACCUGCAGUUUAAUAAGCGCUGGGCAGGGUUGCUACUCAACCUGGCUGUGGGACGGUGUAUUCAGCCUUCUGCAUGGAGUUGGCUUCCCGUGGCUUUGUGGUUGCUGUGCCAGAACACAGGGACAAGUCAGCUUCAACUACCUAUUUCUGCAAGCAGGCUUCAGAGGAAAACCAGCCUACCAAUGAGUCACUAGAAGAGGAAUGGAUUCCCUACCGUCGAAUUGAAGAAGGGGAGAAGGAAUUCCAUAUCCGGAAUCCACAGGUGCACCAGCGGGUAAGGGAGUGUGUGCAGGUGCUGAGGAUCCUGCAGGAAGUCACUGCUGGGAGGACUGUCCUCAACAUCUUGCCUGGUGGGUUGGAUCUGAUGACCUUGAAGGGCAGCAUUGACGUGAACCGUGUGGCUGUAAUGGGGCAUUCAUUUGGAGGGGCCACAGCUAUUCUGGCUUUGGCAAAGGAGGCCCAGUUUCGGUGUGCUGUGGCCCUGGAUGCUUGGAUGUUUCCUCUGGAACAUGACUUUUACCCCAAGGCCAGGGGCCCUGUGUUCUUUAUCAAUGCUGAGAAGUUCCAGACAGUGGAGAGUAUCAACUUGAUGAAGAAGAUAUGUGCCCAGCAUGAGCAGUCCAGGAUCAUAACUGUCCUUGGUUCUGUUCAUCGGAGUCAAACUGACUUUGCGUUUAUGACUGGCAGCUUGCUUGGUAAAGUCUUCUCUGCUCAUACCCGUGGGAGCUUGGAUCCCUAUGAAGGUCAGGAGAUCAUGGUGCGGGCCAUGCUGGCCUUCCUGCAGAAACACCUCGACUUGAAAGAAGACUAUGAUCAAUGGAAUGACCUUGUUGAAGGCAUUGGACCAUCACUUACUCCAGGAGCCCCCCACCACCUGUCUAGUCUAUAGGCACAACUGGCCUUUUGUAAGAGGUCACUUGAAUUGAGUUCCCAUUUGGGGGCUGCCCAGGAGCACCCAUAACCUAUCAGAAAGUGGUCAGCAUGACCUUUUUCUACAGAUUGAGAGGAUGUAAUCACACUGCUGAUUGGAUAACUGUAUACUUUGAUCUUGGACUUGUUGGUCUUAAACUCGAAUUGGGACAUGAAUCACAGACUGAUGGGCAAAUUGACUCUCCAGGGCCUGAGCCUUGAUGGUGUAGGGAACAAGAAGUGGGGUGGGGCAGGGGAGCUGAGCCUGAACAAUCAAGACUUACUCUGAUAAGCCUGCUUCCUCACAUUGGGCCAGUGUUGCCUCCUUAGUAGAAGGGAUGAAGUCAAAGGGCAGAAUGAAAGUCUUCAGGGCCUCCAGUCCUGCCUGGCACUCUUGUCUCCCUACUUUUAAGCCUUCUCUCUCCCUAGGGACACUUGGUGAUUAGUGAGCACUUUCGGUAACUUUCUAGACAAUGGUUCAUCCAAUUUUCCAUUUUUUUAUUUUUUAUUUUUUGUCUUUUCUGUUGUGGUGCUGGGAUUGAACCCAGGGCCUCACAUAUUCUAGACAAGCGUUCUACCACUGAGCUACAUCCCAGCCCUCCAUUUAUUUUCAUGUCUUCCUAUUGUCUGAAACACAGUAUGGGCACUUAGCCAUUACUCAGUUAUACUUAUGAGCCCAUAAUGGGGCAGAAAGUAUUAUUAUUCUCAUAACUCAGAAAUGCCAAGGAACAAAGGGAUACCUCAGCAACUGAGACACGUGUUUUCGGAGUUUUGCUAAAAAUGUGUGUUGUCAGAAAACAACAUGAGUAGGUUGAGAUGAGCAGGUAGAAAAACAGUGCCAAGUAGCUAUUUGCAUAAGCCCUUGCCACAAAAAAGAGCUGGGUUGGUCAUCUCAAAUUUGAGAGGCCACUGCUAGAGAUCAGCUUGGUCUUACCUCAAAUAUCAUGAACCAUCAAUUUCCUCAGAAUCAGAAUGCUUUAGUUGUCUUUUUUCUUUUUUUUAGCUCUGAUGCAUUCGCUCCAAAUUUAAGUCAGGAUAUAGACCCAAUUUUCAUUCUGUUCCAUUUAUAAUUUGAAUGAUAUUGAUACUCGCGUUUGCCUAAUGAUUUUGGAAGAUACUCUAUUUAAUCUGCAUUAGAACAAGAUGAGGAGCCAUCUGGAAGUGACUUUUCCUUCCUUCUGUAUUUCUUUGUUCACUAACUACAUGGGCCCUACGGAAAAGUCUUCGUAAGGAAAGGAAGUCUUUAUAGAAAUCUAGUUCCAAGCUGUGUAAGAACACCAACUUGAAACUCCAUCUCCUCCACUUGACUUCUUGCUUUGUGUGGUUCCAAAUCUCAGCACUCAAGAGGCCGAGGCAGGAGGAUUGCAAGUUCGAGGCCAGUCUGGGCUGCAUAGCAAGUUCCAGGCCAGCCUGAACUACACAGACCCUCUGUCAAAAACAAACAAACAAAAAAAGACUUCUCACCUCAGUCCAAGGAAGAGACCCCUGAGAAGAAAAUGCAAAGGGAAAUGCAUCUCUACACAGUUGUCCAAGGUCAGGGUUACCAAAACAAGCUGGAAGAGCUACGAAUUCAAGUGUAUACAGCAUCAGGAGUAUAUACUUGAUACCUGGGCUCUGGAGUUAUAUAGCCUACUUUUGAGUUUUGGCUCUACCACCGCUAACUGGGUCAAUUUGUGCAAAUUAUGUUCUUUCCAAUCUCAGUUCCUGCAUUUCUAAAAUGAGGGCCUUGAUUAUGAAUCGUGGGGAGGAUUGAGAGGAUCAAGGAUUAUUAAAAUGCAUGUUUCCUACUUUGCAGACACAUGAGGGUUUUCUAGUUAUAGUUGCUAUUUUCUAGAUUAAUUUCUUUGUAGCAGGAGAAAAUGACCCAUCUGAUUUCCUUCCUUCAAGAUUUGUUUACUCCAUGUACAACAAUAAUUAAAAAAGGAUUUGUUGAACCUUGACCUGGUGUUGUGGUACACAGCCGUAAUCCCAGCCACUCAGGAGUGGAGGCAGGAGAAUCUCAAGUUUGUGGCCAGCCUGGGCAAAGUUAGCUAGACCCCAUCACAAAACAAAAUACAGAG